GUUACUUCGUAUUGUUUGUUUCUUUUCGUCAAGCUUACGACACGAUUUUAUAAAUUAAAAGAGCAAAGGUAAUCUCUGUUUUUCGUACACAGCUAAGUUUCAGUAUAAAAAAUGUUUAUACUGGUGCAUAUUUGAAAGAAUCCGUUGUAAUAAAUGUGAAAUUAACGUUACGUUCGACGUGAAUGUGUGCGAUGAUAAAUUUUAGGUUAUGCUACAGCUUAUGAUAUUUGUUGCAAAUCCAAAUUUUCGUUCUAUAAAAACUUGCAUUUCCUUGGAACGUUAAUGUCUGCUGAUUUUGUAGAUUCUUAUUUACUUUCAGGAUAGUUUCAGACUACGGACUGUGUCCAAUAAAUAAUGUUUAAGACAUCAAAGUUUAUAAGCCAAUAAAGAAAUAAGAAAAUUAUCGUAAAAAUUAUGUUAUCAAAAAGAAAGUCAUUAAAAGGUUUGCUUAAUUCGUCAGGCAUACCGAGUAAACUAUUGGAAGCCAAAAUUAAAAGUUUUAAAAGAAACUCAUUAUUGGAUUUGUCACAAUUAUCCAAUAAAAAUGUCAGUUUUCAAAGAAAAAUUAAAAGGACUCAAAAAAUAUUAUCAAGUGAUUCGUCAUCGGACUCAUCGGACUUGUCGGAAACAAUCGCAGAUUAUUUCAGAACAACAUCCAAAAAUAUUAAAAACAAAACGUUGUCAAGUGAUUCGUCGAUAGCGUCGAUAAAAAAUGAAGCUUUUAUCGAAAAUAAUUCUUGUAUGUUAGAAGAAAUUUGUACUCCUAAUAGCAAAAUUAAAUUGAAAAGGAGAAGAUUAUUGGAAAAUGCAUCGAGUUCGUCAGCAGAAAGCGAUACAAAUAUAAGCGUGUUGAAUAAUUUAUUAAAAGUAAACAAUGUUUUUGUAAGAAAAACAAAAAAAUCAAAAAGUUUAAGAUUUUUGAGAGAUACGUAUGAUUCAUCAAAUGAAUCGCAGCGAUUGGACGUCUCUGAUCUACUCAAAUACAAGCUCAAAAAGUUACGUUUUGCAGUCUGUUUCAACAAUGCAAAACAAGUGCGCGCCAUAAUCGCCGAAAAUUACGUGAAGCUAGAUUCAGACGAAUUUAGUAACUUACUGUGGCAAGCAUUGGAGAACAAAAACAUGAAAAUCAUGGGUAUGUUGAUACGCGCAGGAGUCAACGUAAACGUCCGCGGAGCUGGUGACGAUCGAGACAACACUUUGUUGCACGCGGUCGUGCGUAAAGCUACAACUAAAAAAUUUGAGCAAUUGGCACUGUUACUGUUAGAGUACGGAGCUGACAUUGAAGUAGUCGACGUUAAUGGAAACACCGUUCUUCAUUGCGCGAUGGAAAGUGGCUCAUUCGUAAUUAUCGAGAAAUUACUUGAUCUUGGAGCCAACAUCGAUGCUGUCAAUAAUCUUAAUCAAAAUGUUCUCUACGUGGCUGCUAAAAGUCCUAGAGCUAAAAAACUUUUACCACAUCUAGUGCAAUACAAUGUUCCCGACUUAGAAACUAGGAAUCGUCGAGCAAUGAAAGCUCUUGGUUAUCUUGUUCUAAUUGGCAGAGACUUGGCUGCAAUGAAAGCAUUGUUGGAUCUCAAAGUACCUAUCAACGAAAAGAAUGAUUGCGACUCAACGCUUCUUGAUUAUGCCAUUGCUGACCAAAAGUCAUUCGAAAUAGUCAAAUUACUUUUAGAACAUGGUGCUGAUCCAAAUAAAAAACGAAGCGAUGGUAACUUCUAUCUAUGUUUAGCUUGUAGUAUUAAGAGCUGCUCCACGACUGCAUUGCUCAUUAAGAAUGGCGCAAAAAUACACGUAUGUAACGAUGAUGGUCAGUAUCCCAUACACGAGGCAUGCAAAUGUAGAUCAUCACAAAACAUAGCACUCCUACUAUUUCUGGGUGCUAAUGUCAACAAUCUCGAUAAUAGAGGGUGUACUCCGUUCUCUCUUAUGUCUACUUACUAUCUUCAUGAUGCUAGUAAAAUCAUGAUUAAGCAUUUUGCAAUUUUAACUUCCAAAAAUAUUAAGGUUAAUAAAAAUGACUUAUUACAAAUAUACACGCAUCCACCGAUGAGUGAAUUUUACAAUAAGUGUUUAUAUGAAUUAAGAAAUAUGAAGAUUAUGAAAAUUCAUAAUAACGUUACAGCAUAUUGCAUUCUCACACAAAGCUUACUAAAGUUGACGCGACGCAUGAGAAGCAAAGAAUUCGAUAAAAAUUAUUAUAAAAAUCUGAUCAAUAUUUUAAACAUGUUUCCGCUAUAUUCACAGUCAAUUCUAAAAUUAUUUAAUGUUGCUUUGAAAGUCAGAAUAACUAUGAUCAGUUUAACAGAUGCGAUUGACGAAGCUACAAGUUUCAUUUUACCUAAGGAAAUACUGGAACUAGUCACUUUUUACACUUCUUGUCAUCGUUUAGUGGAUUUUUAUCCAAAAUAUACGUAAACAUACAUUACAUAUUUAUUAAAUUUUUCAACGUUAUCAACGAUAUACGUAAUACAUUGAAAAAUGUAUCCUGAACAUUCAAAAAUUGUUUAUUGCAAAAGGUAAAAGUGAACAAAAUUAUAAUAGAAAAGUAUUGAUAAAUUGCAAUUGAAAAAAACUACUAGAUGGUUUUUUAACAAGUACGUGAAAAAUAAGUUAUUUUUUAACAUUUAAUAAAUUUAUUAAAUAUUAAAUUAUAUAUUAAUAAUUAAAAAAGUAAGUAAACGCGUACAUAUAUGACGUUAUUCUUACUAUUUUACAAAAGUUAGCUUUCAUU